UAGCUGCAAGAAUCAUCAACCAAAACAGACACAUCUCCAAGAUAUACCACAGAAACAUACCUCAAUGGUGAAUACUAGCUCAAUCCAGAACAAGACGUUCACAGGAGCCGGAAACUUCGUAAAGCUCCUCCCGACCGGAACAGUUUUCAUGUUCCAAUUCCUUAAUCCUGUCUUCACCAACAGUGGUGAUUGCCACCCCAUCAACAAGUACCUUACCAGCUUCCUCAUAGCCAUUUGUGGCCUUUCUUGCUGUUUUGCUUCUUUCACAGACAGUUACAAAGGCAGCGAUGGUCUGACUCACUAUGGAUUCGCUACUGCAAAAGGACUCUGGCCAUCUCCAAACUCCGACUCAGUCGACUUGUCGAAUUACAAGCUGCGUUUUGGUGACUUUGUUCAUGCUUUCUUUUCAUUGAACGUGUUUGUUGUUCUGGCUCUCCUGGAUUCCAACACUGUGAACUGCUUCUAUCCAUCUUUUGAGUCCACCAACAAGGCUCUGAUGAUGGCCUUGCCACCAGUUAUAGGUUCCAUUUCCGGCGUGGUGUUCUUGUUGUUCCCUAACAAUCGCCAUGGAAUCGGGUACCCUUCAAGUGAUGAUAGUUCAAAGAAGUCAUAAUGUGUGUUCUGAUGGCAUUUAUGUGCCUGUAUUUUGUUAUGUCUCUCGAGUGUUGUGAGGUUUCUUAGUUCUGUUUUUCUUUUUAAUUUGUUUUUUAAGAGACGAGGAAUCCUUUGUGGAGAAGGUUUUCCUUCUAGUUAGUUCGCUAUUUUUCAAGUUAUUAUGUCUCUUUAGGUCAAUCAGGUUUAAGAAUUCUAAAAUUUCUUAAAACUAAUUGUUGUAAAGACUUGCUUGCCUAGAGUAUUUAUGCAAAUAUGUGAUAUGAGAGAUUCCUUCAAUGUUGGGAGGGAUCGAUACAUGCUCGGUGAAAGGCUAA